CCCGAUUAGUCGAUUUGUCUCUGUUUCGUUUCGUAUAGUCAAUUUCUGAGUUGCUGAUUUCUCUUCUCUAUUUGUGAUGUUGCUUUGUUACAAAUGGUUUCAGUAGCAAUGGCGACAACAAGUGAGAAACAGAACAACACAAACCCUCCGAAUGGUGAUGAGGCUGAAGAUUCAUCAGCUUCCAAUGCAUAUGUGGAUGACGUAGAGGCAGAAGCAAAUGCUAAUUUCCAUCAACUGUUUACUGGUCAGUCGAGUGUUGAUGCAGUGGUUGAAAUGCUUUCCCGAUACAAGAACUCUUUGGCUCAGAGGGAAAAUUUAAUUUUUGAAUGCAUGAUUGCUAAUCUGUUCGUGGAAUAUCGGUUCUUCCCCAAGUAUCCUGAGAGACAGCUGAAAAUCGUCUCCAUCCUCUUUGGUUCUAUUAUCAAGCACCAGCUUAUAAGUUCCCACAGACUGAAGAUGGCCCUGCGUCAAGUCUUGGAUCCUUUGCGUAAGCCUGCAGAUUCAAAAAUGUUUCUGUUUGGGAGCAUAGCUCUGGAACAGUUUGUGAAUCGUUCUGCUGAAUUGCACCAGCAAUUAUCUGACCUGCGUACCACUCACCCUGAGCUAGUCACUGUUAUUGAUCGGAUAUCAUCAAAUAACUCGGAACCCUGAUCAGAAAUGUGACAUGUUUUUGUUUGCUUGUUCUUCUAAUAAUGUUAAUUGCCUUACCUCAUCCUCGACAUCUUAUAACAAUAAUUGUGAGAUUGGGUCAUUAACUAGUAG